AUGGAUUUUAAACCUUCAACAUUUAUGAACCAAUGAUAAAUAAAUAUUUAUUUCAUACAUAAAUUUAGUUUUACAAGAACAAACAAUAAUUUAUAUGAACUCUUAAUUAUAUUAAUAAAAUAUUAUUAAUUUCAAUAGAGUAUAAAACAAAUAUGUAAUCUUUUAGGUAUAAAGAUAAACUAUACAAAAAUUUAAAUAAUAAUUUGUAAACAAAAUUUUCAAUAGUAAAAAUGAGGUUGUAAAUAACGUUCUUUCAAAUUCUAAAAAGAUGGUAUUUAUAUCUUUAAUUUUUUUCUCAAUAUAAUAUACUUUUGAAGAAAAAUUUCUCUCUUUUUUGUUAUAUCUCAAAAUGAUGCACAUCUAUAAUUUAAUAAUUAUUUUUUAAUUUUUGAUGAUAUAGUUUAGUCAAAAUGAUGACGUGUAUAAAUUUAAUGAUAAAAUUUUGAAUUUUUGGUAAGAUUCUUAAAAUAAGAUAGUUAAAAAUAGUUAAUGAAUUUGGCUACAUAUUAUAAACUUAACCUAUAUUUAUAAUUAUUAUUAAUAUUCUAAACAUAAUAUAACAAUAAAUAUAUUUUUAUUAAAAUGAUUUAUGGAAAAUAAGUAAGUAAUUUGCAUAAUUAUUUAUAUUUUCAUCAAAAUUCAUUAUAAAGGUAUUUUAAUAAUACAUAAAUUUUGAUUUUAUAAACAGUUAAGUUAUACUUGGAUCCAAAGGUAUAUAGAUGAUUAAUCAAUUUUUUUUUAUAUAUUGAACUUAUUUGGAUUUAAAUGUUAUUUAAUAAUUAUUGUGUGAUGAUUUUUUUUAUUGAAAUAAAUAAAUUUAUUGAUGAAAUCAAAUUUUAAAAAAAAAUCUAGUUGGGACUAUAGCUUUAAAUAUAUAAAUAUAUCUGAUAAAAAAUUGUUCAUUUUAACAUAAUUCUACUAACAUAACAAAAUUUUUCAUUUUUAACAAAUUUAUUUAUAAAAAUUUAUUACAAACAAGUGAACAGCUAUGGUAAAUCCAAAAUAUUAAUUACCAAUAACAGAACACUAUAUAGCAUCAUCUCUCUCUUCCUUUUAUGAUUCAACAACCCAUUGCAGAUGAUCUUAUAUUAAGUCGAGUGACUAUAAAAUAUUGGUUAUAUUUUCAGUUGUGUGAACAAUGACAUAAACAACUUUACCCAUUUUCAACAAAGAUUGUUCAACAAUAAUAUAUAUAUCACUGGACCGCAAAAGCAAUUAUAUCAUGUAUAUGAUACCUUGAUGCGUGCGUGUAAAAAGCAAUUAUUGUAACUUUAAAGAAAAAGAAAUAAUAUACUAAGUUAUGCAAUAGUCCUCUCAAAUUUUUUUUUUUUAAAGAUACACUAUUCACAUGUGAUUUUGAUUUUUAAAAUUCCUCAUAUUUCUAGUCAUUGAUAUAUGCAUGAUGGACUCUCGAUCUUCAUAACUUUAUUUUUUUAAUUUCUUUGAUUCUAUCCUAUACAAAUAAACUCUGUAGUUGGCAGAAAAAAAAACUCCCUAUAUCUUUACGUCUGUAAGUAAAAUAAAAAUUUAAUACAAAUUAAUCAUAUUUUAAAAUCUCUCUUCUGUCUACCAAAAAAAAAACUAGAUGUAGAAUAAAGGGAUAAAUUAUGGUUAUCACUUCAGAUAUUUCAAGGUUUUUGUUUUUAUGGAAUAAUUGUUUGAUGUUAACAGCUUAGUUUUGAUUUUUUUUGUCAGCAUGUGUUAACAAGUUUUGGCUUUUUUGUCAACAAGUGUUAACAACUUCGCUUCCAAUGGUGACCAUCGUCCCGCCCUGCCCCACAGUUAACAUGACACAAAACCAAAGAGUAUUCAGAAACAAGAUCGAGGAAGCUACUCAACAAAGACGAUGAAGCUAUUACAUGUCAUGGCUGCCUUUGCAGCGAUGUUUCUUAUGGGAAUGUUUGUAUCAUCCGAUGCUCAGCUUCAAAUGAAUUUCUACGCCAAAAGCUGUCCAAAAGCAGAGAAAAUAAUUUCGGAUCAUAUUGAAAAACAUAUCCAUAAUGGUCCUUCUCUUGCAGCUCCUCUCAUCAGAAUGCACUUCCAUGAUUGCUUCGUCAGGGGAUGUGAUGGAUCAGUGUUGAUAAAUUCAACAUCUGGGAACGCAGAGAAAGAUGCACCACCAAAUCUAACACUUAGAGGAUUCGGUUUCGUGGAGAGAAUAAAGACUAUUCUCGAGGCAGAGUGUCCUAAGACUGUAUCCUGCGCGGAUAUCAUCGCUUUGACCGCUAGAGACGCAGUUGUUGCCACCGGAGGUCCUUGGUGGAGUGUUCCGACUGGAAGAAGAGACGGUAGGAUCUCAAAUUUGACUGAGGCUUCGAACAACAUUCCCCCGCCAACUAGUAACUUGACCACGUUACAACGACUUUUCGCUAACCAAGGCCUUAAUCUCAAAGACCUUGUCCUACUCUCCGGGGCUCACACUAUUGGCGUCUCUCAUUGUUCUUCCAUGAAUACUCGCCUCUACAACUUCUCGACGACAGUCAAACAAGAUCCAGCUCUGGACAGCGAGUACGCAGCGAACCUAAAGGCCAACAAAUGUAAGAGCCUCAACGACAACACCACCAUUCUCGAGAUGGAUCCAGGUAGCCGUAAAAGCUUCGAUCUCAGUUACUACAGGCUUGUCUUGAAGAGGAGAGGUCUCUUUCAGUCUGAUUCUGCCUUGACGACAAACUCAGCUACGUUAAAGAUGAUCAACGACUUGGUCAAUGGUUCUGAAGAGAAGUUUUACAAGGCUUUCGCUAAGUCGAUGGAGAAGAUGGGGAGAGUUAAAGUGAAGACGGGCUCAGCCGGUGUGAUCAGGACAGUUUGUUCUGUUGCCGGAAGUUAGUUAGCCUUGUCGGAAAGUGGUGUUAUGUUCUGUUUUUUGUUUCUAAAUAGUUCAUUGUUGUUGUGUUUUGACUCUCGAGUGUAAAACUGUUGUUUAAUUUGAUUUUGAUGUUGUUUGAUUUGGGUUUAUACACCCAAACAUUAUAUCUGUUUGUGGUUCAAUUAAAAUGAAAAUUUAUAAUAAUAUCUUCAAUA